ACGGAUGCCAUUUCAUCAGUUCUUUUAAUUAAUAGGCUGUGCACCAUUUGAACCUCCAUCAUAUUUUUGUGUAUAGUAUCAAGUCAUCAAACCAAUAAAGCUUUAUCUUAUGACAAAACAGUCGCUGAAAUUGUGUACACUUAAGUUUUAAUGCGCACCAACCUCCUCUGUCCCACGUGAGCCAUCAUUGGUAACUACUAGUUUCGCUUCAUGCACUUUUUACACGCUCCCUUGGUUUUGUAACGCUGAUACACUUUAUGUUUUAACUAAGAACAGUGCUAACUGAAAUUAACAAAAUAACUUUGUAAGUACUUCAAGUACUUAAGUACCUAGAAGUAUUUCAGAGUAAGUACAUGCGGUUUAGUCAUAUUUGAUUAAUAUUGGCAGAGAACAAAAUGAAUGAAACUCGAAUGCCAGGCGAGUGUUCAAAACAAAACUGACUUUACCACGGUUUUGUACUACGAUUCUCCAUUUUAAGUCAUAAGCCUCCAGAUGUUUCUCCUGUACAUCUGCAUUGUGCAGUUUGUUAGCUGUGAUGAUCUCUCCUCUGAAGAUCCUCAGAUUACCAUAACUGCCACAGUGGGUUCCACAGCUCUCCUGCCCUGUAAAUGUACCACUGAACCUGAUAAAACACCACAUGUUAGGUGGAGGACUGAUACUGAGACAGUGUUUGAGCGAGAGGGUAAAGAGUGGUUUGAUGGUGAGGAAUAUGAGGGUCGUGUGGACGUUCCUAAGGACGAGCUGAAUAGAGGAGACUGUUCUCUGGUGUUGAAGAAUGUCAGAGUUACUGAUGAGGGCGUCUAUAUAUGCUACCAGCUGGUGAUAAAACGUACAAAGAGGUCUGUUUCUGUACCUCACUUGAUCCAGACUGUUCAUCUCUCAGUUGAUGGCUUCUCUGAAGAUCUUCUGAUCAGCAUAACUGUCACAGUGGGUUCCACCACUCUCCUGCCCUGUAACUGUAACACUGAAACUGGUAAAACACAGUAUGUUCAGUGGAAGAACGAUAUUGAGACAACAGUGUUUGAGCGAGAGGGUGAUGAGUUGUAUCAGGGUGAGGAAUAUGAGGGUCGUGUGGACGUUCCUGAGGACAAGAUGAAUAAAGGAGACUGUUCUCUGGUGUUGAAGAAUGUCAGAGCUACUAAUGAUGAUGGUGAAUAUAGAUGCUACCAGCUGGUGAUGCUCACAGGGAGCUUUGGUUCUAAACGUCAUUUGAUCCAGAUUGUUCAUCUCUCAGUUGUUGCCAAAGAAACGACAACACAGAGUUCAGACUCAGACUCUACCAGAGACUCCUUCUCUGAACAGCCUCAGAUCAACAUAAUUGCCAGAGUGGGUUCCACAGCUCUUCUGCCUUGUAAAUGUAACACAGGGUAUUUAAUACCACAUGUUGAGUGGGCGAUUUAUCUUAAGACAGUGUUUGAGCGAUUGGGUGAUAUCUCGUAUCCUGGUAAGAGAUAUGAGGGUCGUGUAGACGUUCCUGAAGAUGAACUGAAUAAAGGAAACUGUUCUCUGGUGUUAAAGGAUGUCAAUGUUGAUGAUGAGAACAUCUAUAGGUGCUACCACCCGGAGAGACUUUUUGGAUCGUUGAUCCAGACUGUUCAUCUCUCAGUUGUUGGCUCCAUCCUUAAAGAUCAGAUCAACGUAACUGCCAGAGUGGGUUCCACAGCUCUUCUGCCUUGUGAAUGUAACACAGAGUAUCAUCUAAUACCACAUGUUGAGUGGAAGAAUGAUAAUGAGACAGUGUUUGUGCAAUUGUUUGGUAUCUCGAAUCAUGGUGAGGGAUAUGAGGGUCGUGUGGACGUUCCUGAGGACGAGCUGAAUAAAGGAAACUGUUCUCUGGUGUUGAAAAAUGUCAAUGUUAAUGACGAGAAAGUCUAUAAAUGCUAUGAGGUGGCAAGAGGCAUCUCUUCUUUUAAACUGCGUUCGAUCCAGAUUGUUCAUCUCUCAGUUGAUGGUCGUUUCUACAAUUCGCUCGACUUGAUCCUGCACCCAGGACUAAAGGAAGACGAAAAUCAAGGCUCUUCUCUUUACUGGCACCCAAGUGGUGGAACGAACUUCUUCUGUCUGUCCGAACAUCUGAGUCUCUUGCUGUCUUUAAAAAACGAUUAAAAACCCACCGUUUUACGAAACACUUAGGCUGACUUGUACUUACUUACUAACGUCUUUCCAUUU